GUGGCCUUCUGAGGGUUUGCACGGCAGGCCGGGGUUGCUUCCCACCCGCGCGCUCUCUCUCACCCCCAGCUAACCCCAGCGGGCAAGGCUCCCCCGAGCCGAGACCUUUUGACUCUGCUCCCUCGCUUCCGCCUCCGCCCUCGCCCGGGGGUGGCUCUCGAGAGCCGGACCUCGCCGGCCCUGGCUGGGACCAUGGUGUUUCUCUCUGGAAAUGCCUCCGACAGUUCCAACUGCACCCACCCGCCCGCACCGGUGAACAUAUCCAAGGCCAUUCUGCUCGGGGUGAUCUUGGGGGGCCUCAUCAUUUUCGGUGUGCUGGGCAACAUCCUCGUGAUCCUCUCCGUGGCCUGCCACCGGCAUCUGCACUCGGUCACUCACUACUACAUCGUCAACCUGGCGGUGGCCGACCUCCUACUCACCUCCACCGUGCUGCCCUUCUCAGCUAUCUUCGAGAUCCUGGGCUACUGGGCCUUUGGCAGGGUCUUCUGCAAUAUCUGGGCGGCGGUGGACGUCCUGUGCUGCACCGCGUCCAUCAUGGGACUCUGCAUCAUCUCCAUCGACCGCUAUAUAGGUGUGAGCUACCCACUGCGCUACCCCACCAUCGUCACCCAGAAGAGGGGUCUCAUGGCUCUGCUCUGUGUCUGGGCGCUCUCCCUCGUCAUCUCCAUCGGGCCUCUCUUUGGCUGGAGGCAGCCGGCCCCGGAGGACGAGACCAUCUGCCAGAUCACCGAGGAGCCCGGCUACGUGCUCUUCUCGGCGCUGGGCUCCUUCUACGUGCCAUUGACCAUCAUCCUGGUCAUGUACUGCCGGGUCUAUGUGGUGGCCAAGAGGGAAAGCAGGGGCCUCAAGUCUGGCCUCAAGACCGACAAGUCGGACUCGGAGCAGGUGACGCUCCGCAUCCAUCGGAAAAAUGUCCCCGUAGGAGGCACCGGGGUGUCCAGCGCCAAGAACAAGACGCACUUCUCCGUGAGGCUCCUCAAGUUUUCCCGGGAGAAGAAAGCGGCCAAAACACUGGGCAUCGUGGUCGGCUGCUUCGUCCUCUGCUGGCUGCCUUUUUUCUUGGUGAUGCCCAUUGGGUCUUUCUUCCCUGAUUUCAAGCCCUCAGAAACAGUUUUUAAAAUAGCAUUUUGGCUCGGAUACCUAAACAGCUGCAUCAACCCCAUUAUAUACCCGUGCUCCAGUCAAGAGUUUAAAAAGGCCUUCCAGAAUGUCUUGAGAAUCCAGUGUCUCCGCAGAAAGCAGUCUAAACAUACCCCAGGCUAUACCCUGCACCCUCCCAGCCACGCCGUGGAGGGGCAGCACAAGGACCUGGUGCGCAUCCCAGUGGGAUCAGGAGAGACCUUCUAUAAGAUCUCCAAGACGGAUGGGGUCUGUGAAUGGAAAUUUUUCUCUUCAGUGCCCCGUGCAUCUGCCAGGAGUACAGUGUCCAAAGACCAGUCAGCCUGCACCACAGCCCGGGUCCUCUUGCCAAAAGAGAUGCUGCCUCUGCGUAUGAGUACUUGUUGACUUAAUUAAGGAAAGAGCUCUGCGCGUCAGCAAAGGGAGAAGGGAGCCCAAGCCCGUGGAAGGUAAACUCUGCAAGCAAAAAUAGGGUGACCGAAAAGAAGGCAAUGGUGACUAGUAGGAAGGCAUCAGAGGGGUGCUCACUGUUGCUCUGAUUUCUUUUUAUGCUACUAGGACUUUUAACCCUGAAACAACCUGCACACAGCUCCGGUCCAGCCUGGUUGGAACACCAUUGCCACCUGCUCCUUGUCUACCCACUGUGCCGGGGAGCAGGGCUCAGCCCAGGCUGCUGCGGGGUCCACCGUCUUCAAAAAACAAUGACAACAGUGGCCUCCUGGCCCUCCAAAGUCCCCGCAAGCUGAGUGAAUGGAGAUGACUCUGGGGGCCGGGGCUGGCAAAAGCAAAUUAGGAUUUCGGCAGAGGACACCAGGCCCCUUGCCCCUGUUCCCAUCAGCAUGGCCUCACUCGUGCCCCCCACCCCAGAUCCAGAUGUCAUGGGGGCUGAGGAUGGAGCUCAUCUGCUCUGUGCAGGAAAAUAUUAUUUCUUCUCUGCUACCGCAACAUGGAUUCCUGAGUCUCCCGGCUAGAAGGAAGGGUAUGGCGGUGGGCAGGGGGCGGUGUUGAGGAGGAAGGAGAAGACUUACCCUGGACAUCGCUCAAAGCAGGAUGCGCGGUUUCCUAACACUUUGCUGCAACUGACAAGCAAGGAACUGCCCUGAAGCUGCUUGCUGCUUCAUUUCCAAACACAAAAUGAUUGUUUUUCCCUGUGGCUCGGGAGUCUUUACAGCACUUUCCCUCUAUAUUCCAGUCAACAGAGCCACAUUAUAAGCUGGAAAUGAUUAGAGCUAAGCUAUGAGAAAUACAGACUUAAUUAGGUGAGAAGAAAAAUCUAAGAGCAAGUUCAUACUGUAUUUGUAGGAAAAAAAAAUAAUGAAGGCGCCAACCUAUUAAGAAGCCCAAGUA